AUGACUAGCAAGCUUCAGCUGCAGGGUCCAAACAGAACAGAUACGUAUACGUCUGAGAGCUAUAGCAUUUCAACGAGGCUCAUCUACAACAUGAACAGAAGCAGCGACAUUCAACCCAACUGCUUCUUUCUAAGCGUUAAUUUGGAACGAACACACAAUACCGUAGUGGCAAGUAUCCUGACAUCUAUUCUAAAUGUACUGUUUUCUCUGUUAACAUCUACCGGUAAUGUGAUCAUCCUCCGUGUCAUCUGGAAAAAACAAGAACUUCAUUCGCCAUCCUUCGUUCUUUUGUCCGGCCUCGCAGCUUCUGAUCUCAUUGUUGGGCUGGUUUGUCAGCCAUCUUUCGUGGCCUAUCACAUCGCGGAACUCACGGAUGAUUUUGACGCUUACUGUGCCUUGAGAAUUAUUCAGAGCAUAUCUAGCUAUACAACAAUUGGCGUGUCCUUGGCGACCUUAAGCGGAAUCUCCAUUGAUCGACUUCUCGCUUUAACCCUCCAUUUACGAUACAACGGGCUUGUCACUAUUCGCAAAAUAAUGCUAACUGCUGUAGUCGUCUGGGUAGUAUCAACCUCUGUCGUCCUAUUGAGGUUUUGGAUAAGCAAUUGGUUUUUUGUCCCUGUAGCCGUUCUACUGAUAACAUUUCUCAUUACAGCCCUCAGCACCUGGAAAAUAUUCCAGAUCGUUCGGAGACAUCAGCGCCAGAUAUCUCAGCAACAGCGGAUUGCCCAAAGACGUGAUGUGAACGUCCUGAAGUCCAGGAAAUCGACCAUAACUGUACUUUAUGUUUAUGGUUUGCUUUUACUUUUCUUUUUUCCACUUUUUGUGACGAUCUUCGUGGAGUCGUUUACUGGAUACACAACUAGAAUGAAAAUCGUUUAUGACUACGUUACUACUGCUGUUUUCAUCAAUUCCUUCUUGAAUCCACUUGUAUAUUGCUGGAGAAUUGGAGAGAUACGAAGAGCUGUUAGAAAUGCACUGAGGAAAAACAAUAACGAAGUCACCAUUUUGGAAAGCACAUUUCGAUCAGUUUCAAAGAUAUAA